AUGUCGAGGACUAGGUCGGGUCUGGUCGUGCUACUCUUGCUGGCGGCGCUGUGCUGCCAACACGCUACCGCUCAGUCGUCUCAGACUCUGAUGCUCUACAACCUGGGCCUGGUCCCUUCGGAUCCGUCCGCGCUUGUCGUCAACACGACGCAGUUUUAUGCAACAGUGUGCAUUCGCGACGCUACAGUCAAUCCUUCCGAUUGCGCCCAAACCACCACAACCCCCGUGUUCACGGUCCCUGAGACCGGCUCCAUCUCUCCGCCUUCCGUUGUUUACAGCAAUCCGAGCGCUGUGCUUACGCCGUACAAUUUCGAUGUUUACGUAUACCGCGUUGCUGACGCCGUGCUGGCACCAGACCAGCUGGUCGCCUUCCUCCACCGUGAAAACUCGGUGAUGGUGUGGGGCCAAACCGACGAGUUUGGCGGCAGCGCGACCCCUUCGGCCAUGCCGCAAUCCAUUGCUCCGUCACCCACAGCCGGAGCAGCUUCAACCACCACCUGGACCAGCACCAUUAGCUACAACAUUCAGAUUGCGUGUACGAGCGAUCACUAUGGACCUUUUUGCAACAUUUCGUGCUCGCCCGCCAUCACUUGCAGUGGCAGCGGCUCGUGUGUGUCGGAGACUGGCGCGUGUGCUUGCGACAGCGGCACGCCCGCUUUGCGAUCAGGGUAG